GGAAGAGAUGAGGGCAGGAAGAAGACGAAAACCCUAGGGAGCUGCGGAUACGAAUCGAAGCAACCAAUCAAAACAGCACACAAAGGAAAGAAAUGAAAAUCUUGGGCCUGCGUUAAAAUGUAAUUAAAUAAUUUUAAUUUAUUCAUUGAAUGAGAAUGUAUGCAUCUGUAUCGUCUUUGUUCUUUCUGUUCUGCUUCCUCCACCACAUUCCUUCUUCCCCUGCACAUUCAUUUCCCUCCUGAAGCCUACCUUUCCAUUUCUGCACACCAAGAAAUUAUCCCCUACCAAACCUGACCUGUCUAUCUGGAUUGGCUCUGUCAAUCUCUGUCAUACAGAGACAAUUGAUUCAGAGUUCUUCCAGAGGGAUAUAAAAAGGGGCUUUUUUCCGUUGUCCCUCUUCUGGGUUUCCCCUGUUUUCCUCCUUUGUUUCUUCUUUUAAUUCAUUCUCCCCGUUUUCCCGGGGUCGUUGAAUUUGUAAAGCUGGGAGCUUUAUUGAUUUUCUGCACAUUUUUCAUUUCUUCCCGUCCUUUGCUGUACUGGGUUUCGGCGUUUGUGGCCUCUAGUUAUCUUGAUCUUCCUUGGGCAGCUGGGGAUGUUUUGAUUAGAAUAGAAUAGAAUCCAACUUGUGAUUUCUCCUGGGGUCUGUCUUUGAUUGCUUGUUUUUGCUGACUCCGUAGAUCCCUGAAGAAAAAAGUUGCAAUCGGCAAAUGGGAAAGCCAACGGGGAAGAAGACUGCUCCUCAAUCCCCCAGGACGCCCAGAGGCGAUAGCAGCAGCAACAACGUUAAGCAGCUGCCCAAGAGCUCAUCUGACAAGUCUUCCAAGGCCUUUGACGAGGACACAACAAUCUUCAUCAACAUGGCACUGGAGCUCAAAGAAGAAGGCAACAGGCUGUUCCAGAAGCGUGACCAUGAAGGGGCCAUGUUGAAGUAUGAAAAGUCCGUCAAGCUACUUCCCAAGAACCAUAUCGAUGUUGCUUAUCUGCGCACCAACAUGGCCGCUUGCUAUAUGCAGAUGGGUCUUGGUGAGUAUCCUCGUGCUAUUAACGAGUGUAAUUUGGCUUUGGAGGUAUCUCCCAAAUACAGUAAGGCCUUGUUGAAGAGAGCUAGAUGUUAUGAAGCCUUAAAUCGAUUGGAUUUGGCUUGGAGAGAUGUUAAGCAUGUUUUGACCAUGGAACCCAAUAACUCUGCUGCCCUGGAGAUUAUCGAAAGUAUUAAACAGGCUAUGGCUGAUAAGGGCAUUAGUUUUGAUGAACAGUCCAUUGCUGCUGAGGAGGGAGAGAAGGUUGUUGGUGCCUCUCGUUUGCGCAAAGUUGUGAAAGAGAAGAUAAAGAAGAAGAAGAAAGGUGAUAAAGUAGAGGAGAAGAAGGCAGAUGAGAAAGAGAAAGUAGUUGUGGAGGAGAAGCAAGUGACUCCUGUGAUUAAGACGAAAGAAGUGAUUGUGAAGACUGUUCAGGCGGAGAGACUGGUGAAUAAAGAGGUUAAGGAAGAAGAGAAGCCAAUUUCCAAGUCCGUGAAGUUGGUUUUAGGAGAAGAUAUAAGGUGGGCACAGUUGCCUGCGAAUUGUACCGUUGGGUUGCUAAGGGAUAUAGUGCGAGACAGGUUUCCUGGCUUGAGAGGUGUUCUUGUGAAGUAUAGGGACCAAGAGGGUGAUUUGGUUACUAUUACUUCCACGGAUGAGCUGAGGUUAGCAGAAUCAUCUAUUGGUUCACAAGGAUCUCUCAAGUUCUAUGUUGUUGAGGUCAGCCUGGAUCUAGAGCCAGCUUAUGAGCGAACAAAGACAGAUGAGAAUGCAAAUGUUAGCAGUCAGGAACAAACUCUUGUUGCUCCUGAGAACGGGAAUGGUGGGGGAGGAAGCAAUGAGCCCCAAAUCGAGUCUGCUUCCAUAGAUGAUUGGAUUAUCCAGUUUGCACGAUUGUUCAAGAACCAUGUCGGUUUUGAUUCUGAUAAUUACCUGGAUAUUCAUGAACUGGGGAUGAAGCUAUACUCAGAGGCAAUGGAGGAUACUGUAACAAGUGAAGAAGCCCAGGAGCUGUUUGAUAUUGCUGUUGACAAAUUUCAAGAGAUGGCAGCAUUGGCCUUAUUCAAUUGGGGGAAUGUUCACAUGUCAAGAGCUAGGAAGCGGGUCUUUUUCCCUGAAGAUGGUUCCAGGGAAACCUUACUGGAACUAGUUAAGAGUGCCUAUGAAUGGGGGAAGACUGAAUACGUGAAGGCCGGAGAGAGAUACCAUGAGGCCCUUAAAUUAAAACCAGACUUCUAUGAAAGUCUUCUGGCACUUGGUCAGCAGCAGUUUGAGCAAGCAAAGCUUUGUUGGUAUCAUGCUAUUGGUAGCAAGAUCGUUUUGGAGAAUGGGCCUUCUGAAGAGGUGCUAGACCUGUACAACAAGGCUGAAGACUGCAUGGAAAGAGGUAUGCAGAUGUGGGAGGAGAUUGGGGAGCAACGCCAAAACGGAAUCUCCAAAUUUGACAAGUAUAAAUGUCAACUAGAGAAAUUGGGGCUGGAUAAUCUAUUGAAAGAGCUAUCACCUGAAGAAGCUGCAGAGCAGGCGGCAAACAUGAGCUCCCAGAUAAACCUCUUAUGGGGUACUAUGUUGUAUGAGCGUUCUGUUGUGGAGUAUAGGCUAGAGCUGCCAACUUGGGAAGAAUGUCUGGAGGUUGCCGUUGAAAAGUUUGAACUUGCUGGAGCUUCUCCAACAGAUAUAGCAGUUAUGAUAAAGAAUCACUGUUCCAAUGUAACAGCUUUUGAUGGUUUGAGCUUCAAAAUUGAUGAGAUAGUACAAGCAUGGAAUGAAAUGUAUGAUGCUAAGAGGUGGGAGAUUGGUGUUCCAUCUUUUAGGUUGGAGCCACUGUUUCGUCGUCGGGCUCCAAAGCUUCACUAUAUGUUGGAGUCAUUUUGAUACUUUGUGUAGUUGAGCAUUCUUGGAGUGUUGUUAGACAGAUUCUUUUGAUUUUUUGGUGGUUCAUCUUGCAAAAGGAUUACGUUGCUACCAGUCAAAUACAGGUAAGCAUUCAUCUGCUCAUCUAGUAGCUUUGACCUAUUGGAUUUCGGCUAUGCCACACCCUGUUCCUUUGCUUUCUAGCUGUCCUGGAAAAACUAAUUUUAGGGUUGUGAGCAAAGUUACUGAGCUAGAGUUUAGCCGGAAUUAUGUGCUUGUAUUAGUUCCAUCAAUAUCCAAAAUGAGGAUGCUCUGAUAGAAAUCUGAUAUCAGUCGAUGAACAUGCUAACUAGUAGGGUUGCCUAGUUUAUGUAUUUGAUUGCUUGAGCAUAAAAUAUGACUUCAGAAUACGCAAACUAGUUGCGUUUGAAACAUCUUAGGUGAAGAACUCAACUAUGAACAAACAGAGAUUUUGGUGAUGAUGUACUAAUCUAUCCACUGAAGAAAAGCUGUGUUUGUUGCUGCCUUCUGCAGGGAAAUGGGUCCAAGUUAAUUUUGUUGUACACCUGAUUGAUGAUAAGUUCCACUUGAUUUUUUUUUUUUUUGCUAUGCUCGGCUGCAUUGAGAACUUUUACAUGGGCCACAGACAGGCUUGAGUUUGUCUAGAUUUAGAACUUUCGUCCUGCACUAUUCUCUUUGGUGCUUUGUUGAGUCGACAUUUGGUUAUGCAUGCAUAAGCAGCUUUCCGUGGUUUUCAUACGACUUCUAUCCUAGUAAUAUCCAUUUCUGCCCUAAUAGCAUUAUCCCAUCCUAUCUCUGGAUGGUUUUUGAAGCAUGGCUAUCAACCCUUUUGCAGGACAGUAGAUAAAAUGAAAACAAAACAUUAGUCAGGUUUGUUUAAAUAUCUUGAAGUUGCAGAUGUUAAUCAAAAUUAUUUAACUCCAUGCUCUCAUGCACUACCAUAUAUGGUUUCCUACUACUUGUAUGGUUCUAGUAUCUUACAUUCCAAAUCAAUUAAAUAUCCGAAGCUUCUGCAAAUUAUCGUAGCUGCUAAACUAGCUUCGGGUGCUGUUGGGGGAACUGACUGAUGUUUUGUUUGUGAUUGCAGGUCUUUUUUCUUUCAUUGGAUUUGGAACUUGGGUAAGUUUCGCGCUAUUGUUUGCUCGUGGAGAGCGAAUGAUGGGUGGAGAGUUUGGUGUUGUGGGUUUUGGAAAGUUUCGAGCUUUGGCUCUCCAUUUUUGGAUUGGGUUGUGAAGAAUCAGCUCAUGUUGAUCAAGUUUACUUCCAUUUUUCAGUUGCUUUUCCUCUUGUGGUUGAUUUUGGUUGCCUUUCUUUUUUGGAGGGGUUUUAGAGCAAGUGGUGUAAGUUCAGGGGUGGAAAACAUAGAAAGGGUAUAUGCUGUGAUUUGUUCAACUGAGAAACAAUAAAGAGUGGUGGCAAAG